AUGACCGGCUUCCGACUGGGUUGUGGCGGCAAAAAGCUUUCACCGCCGGGGCCAACUAAGCCCACAGCAUUGGUUGACGAGGUUUCUGCCCCAAGAGGGUUUGGAAUCCGCAAUUACUUGCACCAGUUUUAUCAAUCGCCAACAGUUGAAGAUAUCGAACAGAGUGGAGCAUGGUAUCUUUUGCCACCUCCACCUGCCCAACGACGAGGCCUUUUCUUCUGUAGAAUUGCUACCGUAUUGGGUCUAUUGUUGUUAGUGGCCGGAGCUGUUUCUAUCAUUAUCGGAUAUUCUUGGCCUCAGGAAGGUAUUGAAGAGUCCAUCACACGAAUCGUUAUUUACCAGGAUGAGGAUGGAGGUUAUUACGUGCCACAAGAACGUCUACAACAAAUGCUUCUGGAUCCUAUGAGGCAUUGGAAAACUGCCGGCUUCUGUUUAUUCGCUUCCGGAGCUUUAACAUUGGCAAUUUCUUUAAUUAUUCCCACUUUGGCAGCAUGCAUUGGAUCAAAACGAUUGGCCGGUUUCAUGAGCGAAGACAAUUCACCUAAUGAACCGCCAGUUCGUAUUUAUCCUAAUGACAAAUCCAUCAUAGCAGCUACUAGUUGUCCCGUUCCUGUUGUGGAAGAGAUCACAAAAGUCCAACCGGAAGGCCAUUCCGGAACAGACAAUAAGAGCCAAGCACUACUCGAUUAA